GUGACAAGUGCUUCACGCCCCUACAAAGCGCUUUUCACCCGCCCUCUGCGACCCUCGCCAGCAUCUCGACCGCUAGAUCGAGGCUAAGAUCAGCUCAUGUCAUUUACGAUCAUCUUAGGAACCAUUUAUCUACGCCCGUGACAAGAUGAAUCCUUCCAGCCGAGAGGGUUGGUCCGUCAACCCGCCUCCGAGUGCGAAUGAGGCGCAACCGCCCAAUUCAAGACCGAUGGGUCCCUUUGGGAGUGCCGGCGCAUCGCAGCAACAAUCACCGCCAUCGUCCGCUCAGCAAGGACCUCCCACCCUACCUCCUCCAGGCUCAUCGUAUUUUCAACCGAGCAAUAGCCUGCCACCGCUUUCCAACCUCGCGAGUGUCCAAGGGUCACCGGGCCGACCGCAAAGCUACAACCAAGAGGCGCCGUCCGGAAAUCAAGGCCUCGGACAACCGUUAACCAGCUACUCGCUCCCUCGCAUCGAUCAAGCCGUUCAACAGCACGCCGUCCCACCGAACAUCCCAGAUCGCGAACGAGAACGGGAUCGCGACCCACAGAGGGACCCGCGUGACGCGGACAUGGCCGACCGCCAUAUGGAGGACGUCUCCAUGCGCGAUGCCGAACAGCAGCGGGACCGCGAAUUGCGCGAGCGGCAGCAACGCGAACUACAUCAGCCGGUCGCCGUGCCGCCGCAUGUGCGCAGCAUCCAUGGUCCGAACGGGCUGCUCGGCAACGCGGCUCCUGGCAAUGCGGGCAACGCUGCAUCGACGCCCAUCCCCAACUCUGCGCCUCCGAGCGUGUAUCCCGGCUCGCAUAUUGCCGCGUCUGCGCCGCCCUCUCAACAGCAGGCGUUGUCGGUCAUGGCUGCGUAUCCGCCUAACCUGCAGCAGGUGGCCGGAAUGGGAGGGCAAGGGCAACAGCCUAUUCUUAAUGAUGCCCUCAGCUACUUAGAUCAAGUCAAGGUCCAGUUCGUCGAUAAUCCAGACGUGUAUAAUCGCUUCUUGGACAUCAUGAAGGACUUUAAGAGUGGAGCCAUCGACACACCUGGAGUCAUCGAUCGCGUAUCCAACCUCUUCGCUGGCAACGCGAAUCUUAUCCAAGGUUUCAAUACCUUUCUUCCUCCCGGUUACAAGAUCGAGUGCGGCACAAGCGAAGAUCCCAACGCCAUCCGUGUCACAACUCCUAUGGGAACCACUGUGUCUACCAUGCCUCAACCACGGCCAGCUGCAGACCAAAGACAAGUUUCUAUGAACGGUGCCGGCCCGGUGCAGAACGACCGACAAUAUUACGACAGCCGAACGCCCGGAAACGCAUGGCAAGGUCCCCCCGGCAGCGCACCGGAAAACGCGUACAGUCCAAACGGCCCCCCCGCUGCAGCGGCUGCGUUUGGUGCUCCUGGUGGAGCAAACGCAAAUGUCGCAGCCGUUGAUCCGCAACGCGAACAGCAAAAUAUCGCUGCGACUCCCGCACAAGAUGCGAGGCAACUGCAAACUACCCCUGGGACUGGAGCAUUUGGGAGACCGAAUGUGCUCUCGCCUCCGAGAGCCAUGGCUACACCUGUGGCAGCACAACAGAUGAACGGGUUGGCCAUGCAGCAAGGCGGAGUUGGUUCCGAGCGGAGGGGCCCGGUAGAGUUCAACCACGCCAUCAGCUAUGUCAAUAAGAUCAAGAAUCGUUUCGCCACCCAACCCGACAUCUAUAAGCAAUUCCUCGAAAUCCUCCAAACCUACCAACGCGAAUCCAAGCCCAUCCAGGACGUCUACGCCCAAGUCACCAAGCUCUUCGAAACCGCCCCGGACCUCCUCGAGGAUUUCAAGCAGUUCCUUCCCGAGUCCGCUGCCCACGCCCGUGCCGCCGCCGCUGCGAAGGCCGCUGCCGACGAGCAGGCCCCCGUGAGCAACAUUCGCGGGGAGCAGGCAUACCCCGCCGGUGCGACGCCGUUUCCUGUCCAGCAGCAGACGCCGCGCGCCGAGCAGGGUAGGCUGCCGCCGGUGGGGAACUUUGCGCCGACACCGAGUGCGAAUCGGGAUAAUAAAAGGAAAAGGGGCGGGGUGCAGCCGGUGGGGACGGUGGCAGCUGGGCAGGUUAGUACGGUGCAGGAGACGGGAGGACGAGGUACUGGGGCGGCCGCUGGGUUGUCAAAGAAAACCAAGCAAGCGCAGCCUGUCAGAGCUGCCGAGCCGUCAGCACCAGACGUCGCCCCAAGCCUCGUCCCAACUCUUCCUACGCCGCUUCCACCGACCAGCAAGGAAUCCGAUCAAGAGUACCAGCAGCUGUUCGAGCGGGUCAAGAAGUACCUGAAUAACAAGACCCAGAUGAACGAGUUCCUCAAACUUUGCUUGCUAUGGAGCCGCGAUGUUCUCGACACGGUGUUGUUUAUCCAUCGCGCGCAUAGUUUCAUCGGUGGCAACCCAGACUUGUUCAACCUGUUGAAACGCGCAGUCAGGUAUGAUGAGUGGAAGCGGAUUUCGGACAGCACGAAAGGCAGCAGCAACGCCGUCAUGGGUGCGAGAGCAGACCUGAACCGAUGCCGUGGCCUUGGACCUAGCUAUCGACUCGUUCCGCUGCAGGUUACCACUGUACCCUGCGAGGGCCGAGAUAAUCUCUGUCGUGAAGUGCUCAAUGACCAUUGGACAUCCCAUCCAACGUGGGCGUCCGAAGAAUCGGGGUUCGUGGCGCACAAGAAGAACUCGUUCGAAGAACUGCUGCACCGCAUCGAGGAGGAACGCCACGAUUAUGACUCGAAUAUCGAAGCGUUGGGCCGGACCGUUCAACUGCUCGAGCCCAUUGCUCAGCACAUCCGCCAGCUUCCACACGAUCAGCGACAUUCCUUCGUCCUUCCGCCGGGGCUGGGUGGACAGUCGCAGACCAUCUACAAGCGCGUGAUCAUGAAGUUGUACGGACGCGAGACCGGCGCGAAGGUGAUCGACCAUCUCUUCAAAGAGCCGUGGAAGGUCGUCGGCCCGCUGUUGCUCCGCCUCAAGCAGAAGUUCGAGGACUGGAACAACGCGCGGUACGAGUGGAAUAAGAUCUGGCUGGAUCUCACCAGCAAGAACUUCUGGAAGAGCCUGGACCAUCAGAGUGCCGAGCAGAAGAAAGACAAGCGCGUGUUCCAGCCGAAGACGCUCCUGAAUGAUAUCACGACUAUCUACGACGAGCAUCGGCGCCGCGCAACCGUCCAUGGGAUCAAGAUCCCGGCGUAUCAGUACAAGUUCUCCUUCACCGAAGCCGAGGUGGUGCUGGACGUCGCGUAUCUGGUCGUCGUGUACGCGGAGACGAACAACCAGCUCGAAGCGCUGAAAGUGGAGACCUUCAUGAAGGAGUUCCUCACGACUUUCUUCGACUAUGAUAAGCAGCGCUUCGAAGCGCGCAUGGCCGCGCGACGCGAGAACCGCGCGAACAACGGCGUCACCGCCGAUAGUCCUGACAACAAGGACGAGCAGCCUCCGCGGACGGCUCGCUCCAGAAACACCGAGCUGCUUCGCAAAGCCGUGGAUCCGCGUCGUGCGGAGAAAGCGGCUGGCGAGCGCGACGAAAGUCCUGCGUCGGCGAGCCAGGCGACGUCGCCGAACGAGUCCUCGGCGCCCGACGACGAUGUGGUCGAAACGAGCGAACAGCCGCCCGCGGAGGAGAGCGAGGUGGAGAACGCGAUGAGCGCGGAGAAGUGGCUGAACACGCCGGACGGGCAGCUUCCGGCGGCGAUGGACAAGAACACGCCGUACGUGCGCAAGAUCUUUGACCUAUACUGCAACCAGAACUUCUACUUCUUCUUCCGAUGCUUCAAUACGCUGUACGAGCGGCUGUGCAACAUCCGGAAUGAUGAGGCCGAGGCGCGGCGGCAGGUCACGCAUAUGGAGCAGAAUCUGGUCGCGAAGGACCUCAAGGUGUUCGAGAAGCUGGCGGCGGAUUACUGGGAAGACAUCUCAGAGACGGCGAACUUCUACGAGCAGGUGGUCUUCAUGCUCGAGCAGCAGCUCGUGGGCGACCUGCCGAUGUCGGACAUCGAGGAUACCCUGCGGCGGUUCUACAUGCAGCACGGCUGGCAGCUGUACAACUUCGAGAAGCUCAUUUCGAACUUGCACAAGUACGCGGCGACAGUGGCCGAUACUGAUGGGAAGGACAAGGAGAUCUGGAACUCGUUCAAGAAGGACCGGGCAAAGGUGGAAACGACGGCAGGGGAGCAGCUGGCGUACCGGACCCAUGUCGAGAAGCAAAUCAAAGAAGGCGAGCUCUUCUGUAUAUCAUGGAACACCGCCGACGAAUCCGCCGGCGUCAAGAUCGUCAAAACCGGCGACCUCACCUUCAACAUGUCCGCCCUCAGCGAAGAAGGCCGCUUCGCCUUCUACAUCCAUGCCUUCUGCACCCUCAAGCCCACCGAAGGCGUCGACGUCGGCCGCGUCGCCUUCCCCCUCCUCCACCGCAGCCUCCCCCCCGACCUCGUCGAGCACGAGCGCGCCUACACCGACCGCAUCCGCCGCGCCCGCAUCCAGGAAUCCCUCCAGGUCCACCUCAAGUCCGAGGACUAUCAUCUGCAGUUCAAGCCGCUAGGCGAGGAGUCGACUUUCCCGGGCGUCGCUGUGCCGUCCAGCGACGCGGGCGAGGGCGAGACGUAUGUCCCAUCGAUGUAUACGCCCGGGUUCGAUGCGCCGCGGCUCGCGGACCCGGGGCGCGAGCGGCUGAUUCUGAAUGCGCGAUGGAUGAAGGAUCUGAGCACUGAUGACGUCGGGGCGAGGAAGAAGGCGUUUCAGGAUAAGAUCGAGGGGCGGGUGGAUGCGGAGGCGGAGGCGCAGGAUGUGGAGAUGGCGGAUGCGGAGUGAGGAGUGGAUGAGAAUCGUGCGUCCGGAGUCUGCGAUCUAUGAGUCGGGAGGUGAACAGUUCCUGCAUUUUCGAGAUAUUCCUUUCAUCCUUUCAUCAUCGCGAUACGGCGUUCCGGGGCGGGCGGCAGACCUUUGUCGAUGGGGUGAGGUAAACCGACAUGCUCGGUUCAUUGAU